UUACUGAUAUUGAAAUUCGAAGUUUUGGACCCGUCUCCGAAACUCAAAUGAUUUAUUCGAUGGACUGCUACUUCCGACAAACAUGGUGGGAUCCAAGAUUAAAAUUUCAAACUUUAGAUCUUGAUAUAUUAUCUCUGGAUUGGAAGUUCCUUCAGAAAGUGUGGACACCGGAUACAUAUUUUCUAAAUGGUAGAUACUCCUAUCUUCAUAAAGUAACCGUCCCCAAUAAGUUCGUACGUCUUAGGAGUGAUGGACAGAUGAAAUAUUCUAUGAGACUUACUGUCCAGGCAAGUUGUCCAAUGCUUCUUAGAAAAUAUCCAUUAGACACUCAAUCCUGCCCUUUAGAGAUAGGAAGUUUUGCGUACCCACCAUCUGAUGUUACAUAUAAAUGGAAUAAAGGCGAACCCGUAAUUAUAGCCAAAGAUGUCACUUUAUCUCAAUACGAAUUCCUCAAUAUAACAUUCGAAGAAAUAACUAAACUUACAGGAGGAGGCAUUAGAUCGUCUCUAGUUACACGCUUUAUUUUAAGAAGACGUCGAGGUUACUUCAUUUUACAAAUUUAUGCACCUUGCGCGAUGAUAGUCGGAGCAUCGUGGGUGUCGUUUUGGAUCAAUUCACAAGAUGCUCCUGCCAGAGUUGCCGUUGGUGUAACUACUGUGUUAACAUUAGUUGCAAUGGGAUUCGGAGGAAUGACUUCUAUUCAAAGAGCAACGUCUGGAUCAGCUUUAGAUUGGUUUGUUAUUCUGUGUUUUACUUUUGUAUUUGCCGCCAUGGCCGAAUAUGCUUGUGUCAAUUUGUUGGAUCGAUACGAAAUCGAAAAGACAAAACCAAAAAAACGUAUUCAACAAAACACAGACAUUGCCGAAGAAGAUGCAUCAAUUAGGGUGUUAACCUUAGAAAAUGACUGCGAAGAAGAGAAUUCCGAUUGUCACCAAAUUCAUCAAAUUAUGCCAAGAGUACAAGAAGAGUCCAAAGAAAACGAUAUUGAAAUGGGCUCUUCUCUUGAUUCUUAUGCAAGAUUUCUCUUCCCCUUAAUUUUCACUAUAAUUAAUAUUUUAUACUGGACAUUCUUCCUAUACAUUAGCGAUGACGAUACUCAUCCCGAUCAUUCAAACAUUAAACAAAAUAUAUUACUCCAUACGUAGAAGUAAAUUAUUUAAACUUAUGUAUAAAAAUCUCAUUCGAAAAUUAACAUUAUGUGUGAUAAUAAGGUAUGAGAAUUACCUUUAAAACGAAGUUUUAUAAGAAUAAA